AAACAGCCUCCUUUUAUGCUUUUAAUCCAUCGCAGGAUGCCAUCAAAAGUUUCCGCUGAGGGCAGAAUGACGCUAAUUAACCUUCUGAAUGAUUCAUUAAUGUUACUAACCAUUUGAAUCAUAUUUAUUUAUAUGUAUAUUACUGUUUAUUAAGUAAACAGGGCUUAAAGCAUCUUCCGCAUGACAGUUAGCUGCUAGCGCUAGCUCCUGAUGUCGAAUGCUAACAUGUUUUCAUUUUAGGGACAACAAUAAAAUUACACACUGCGACGGCGAUGACAAUUAGCUGCAAACGAUAGAUGCUGACAUCAACUCCCUUUCGUACAUAAUGCAUGCAAACAUUUAAACAGUGGAUAGUGUUCUUUUGGUUUUACUACAUGACAGAAAAUACACUGCGACUACGACAAUAGUUAGCUGCUAAUGAAAGCUAAUAGUUAGCUGCUAAUGAAAGCUAGUUGAGAUUAGCUAGCAUUAGCAGCUAACUGUCGUCGUAGCCGCGUGUAUAUUUUUAGUUUUUUGCAUGUCCCUUAUAGGCAAAAAAUAAAAUAAAAUAAUAGCACACUGUUUAUAGAAAGUAAAUAACACAGCUAAACGUGAUAAUGGUGCGUUAAGUCUUUAGCAAUGCUAAUCAGCAACACCCGCUAACAAGACGGAAACAGUAUUGAAAGUAACGUGUCGUUGGUUAUUUUCUACUUUCCAGUGUUGUUGCUGUAACACGAUGGGAAAACUUGUACUAGGUCAACAGUGGUGAUAUUAUUAUUUUGUUAUAUAACUGUGUCAAGGUUUCAUUCUUUAUUUAUUGUGCUUUACUAUGUGUCUGUGGCCUGCAGGCAAAAAAACCACACAAAAAACAUCUGAAGUAGUAUUGUGCGCAUUAUUGUGUACAUCAAGUGGCCCUGACUGUUUUUUGUUGUUGUUUUUUUCCCCACCGUUCCAUCAAUAAGUGUGAUAUAAUUUGUGAUAUAAAACACAUGUGGACUGGUUGGGCCAAUUCCAGGACCCGGAGCACCUUAAUGAGCACCUAUGAUCACCUACAAGUGUAAAAAAAAUGAAAAAUGAAAUACGCAUGUAUUUAAACAUACAUGCACACACCUCAAACUCACAUAAUCACAACCACCGUGUACAUGAAUACAUAUUUUAUUACCUUUGCACUCUGAGAGUUUUGGUUUUGACUUUUGGGAUCUGCACAGAAAAAAAUGUUCUCAAAAUUACAUUAUCCAUUCAUUUUCAACCCUUUCAAUUUAGCUUUGCUAAAGGUGUUUAAAUAGCCAUUAGUCUCCCAUGCAAAGUGUUUCUAAUAGUGAUAUUAUUUUCAAAGGUGUGUUGGUUGUCAAGCCGGCGAUGACGUCAUUGCAGGAUCAGCGGAAAGCUUGCUGGGCAGCGAAGAGCCGCGUUCACUCCAUCUGCUUCUUCUCCUUCUACACAGAAAAAAAAAAAAGAGGCAGUGAUCAAGUGCGCAUGUCCAUGGAGACCGGCGUGGUUCACAUCCAACGAGAGGGAGGGUCAGGGGACCGGUGUCCCUGGCACGGGGAUGGGGAGGCGCCGUCGGCCGGUUGCACCUGGCCGACCCCCACCGCCUCCUCUUCGGCCUUGGACGCCCUCAACGGGACGUGGGAGGCCGAGGCCGACGACGCCGAGCCCAUGUCGCCGAUCAUCCCGGUGAUCGUGGCCGUGUACUCGCUGGUGUUUGUGGUGGGCCUGGUGGGCAACUGCCUGGUCAUGUACGUCAUCAUCAGGUACACGAAGAUGAAGACAGCCACCAACAUCUACAUCCUGAACCUGGCGGUGGCGGACGCGCUGGUGACCAGCACCAUGCCCUUCCAGAGCACCGACUACCUGCUCAGCUCGUGGCCCUUCGGCGAGGUGGCAUGCAAGGUGUUCAUCUCCAUCGACUACUACAACAUGUUCACCAGCAUCUUCACGCUCACCAUGAUGAGCGUGGACCGCUACGUGGCCGUGUGCCACCCCGUCAAGGCGCUGGACUUCCGCACGCCCGUCAAGGCCAAGGUCAUCAACGUGCUAAUCUGGGCGUCGUCGUCCGCCGCCGGCGUGCCCGCCAUGAUCCUGGGCAGCACCAAGACCAACAAUGGGACAACAGAAUGUGCUCUCCAGUUCCCAGAGCCGUACAGCUACUGGGACACACUGAUGAAGAUCUGCGUGUUCAUCUUCGCCUUCGUAGUUCCCGUCAUCAUCAUCAGCGUGUGCUACACGCUGAUGAUCCUGCGCCUCAAGAACGUCCGCCUGCUGUCCGGCUCUCGCGAGAAGGACCGCAACCUGCGACGCAUCGCCCGCCUAGUCCUGGUGGUGGUAGCCGUCUUUGUGGUGUGCUGGACUCCCAUCCACAUCUUUGUUCUGGUCAAGGCCCUGUCGCCCCACGUGCCCGAGACCACGCCCGUCAUGGCCGCUUACUUCUUCUGCGUGGCGCUGGGCUAUACCAACAGCAGCCUCAACCCCAUCCUCUACGCGUUCCUGGACGAGAACUUCAAGAGGUGCUUCCGGGAUUUCUGCUGCCCCGGCGCCAGGAGGGACUUCCACGGCGUGAGCCGGGUCAGGAGCACCCUGAGGGACCACUCGUGUCCCCCGGACAACCGCGGGGACCCCAGGCAGGCCAGACCCGUAUGACUAGCCAUGGACGCGUCCUCCGUGCCGGAACCGGAGGACUCCAACGACUUGUGCUUGACACAAGUCACCACCGCUGUCUGAACUUCACAGUGGGGGUCCGCAACCUAUGAAGUCAAUAUGGGGGUCCACAAACUGUGAUGUCCACCACCGUGGUCCACAAACCGUGAUAUCAACCAUGGAUGUCUGCCCUCAUGUGUGAAGUCACCAUUUUGGUCCGCUUGUGGCGUUGCCACAAUGGUCCGCCAAUUGUGGUGUCACCACGCUGGUCUGCAAGCUGCGAUAUGGUGGUCCACUUGUGAUGACAUCAUGGUGGUAAUGUCACCAUGGUGGUCCGCAAGCUGUGAUAUCAACCAUCGUGGUGAUGUCACCAUAGUGACGCACUAGUCUGCAAUGGUGGUCCGCAACUUGGGAUGUCACCAUGGCGAUCUGCUUGUGAUGUCACAAUAGUGGCGAUGUCACCACGGUGAUCCGCAAAUUGUGAUAUCAACUAUGUUGGUCCUCUUGUGAUGUCACCGUGGUGGUCUGCUUGUGACAUAGACGCACAUUUCAAGUAGUGAUUUUAUCACACUUCGUCAAUUAGUGGCCUCACUUCAUCACCUGGUUCAUCAUCCAAUUGAGCAAAUUAAGACGCAUAAUGUGAUGGCUGUAAUUAGCUUUACUAUGGCAACUGAUAGCACCAUGUGUCGCACUUGAAAUCCUUCCUGCAACUCACCGCGUGCAGAGCAGACAUGGCAUCUGUAAAGCUGACAUUUACAGUAGAUUGUGGUAUCAAGUAUUUUUGUGUGUGUAUGUAAAUAUAAAAAGCCUCCUCUCUAUUAAAUGUCUUGCCUGGUACACCAUUUGAGGAAAUACAUUCUAAUAUAUUUUUUCAUUGUCGCUAGACAGAAUUGGUGGCCCCAAGCCUGAUUUAAAAAAUUAAAUAAAAAUCUAUGCGUUACUCACA